AUGAUGAUGAUGAUGAUUCUGACUCAGUGGGAUCAUCAGCAGCUGCUGCUGCUGCAGCAGCAGCGGUCGUUGAAUGCUGCAGUCGAAGUAGAUGUUGUCGAAAAGCGUCCAAAAGCAUCGCAUGGUCCAGAAGCGUCGGUGUCUCACUGCCACGAGCCGGGAUGGGGCAGGGGAUGCAACCGGCGGCUGUGCGGGGGGGGCGGCGGGCGUCGCCGCCUUGGGGCAUGCGGGGUUCUUAAGUGGAACAAGUCGACGGACGGGCCGCAAGGCACCCGGCGACUAUUUCUUGGACCAAACAUUUCGAUGCCUAAAAGAGACACAUUCGACUACAUCGACAGUGAGCUUGGUAGCACUCUCAAGCAAGUAGAGCAGCAAGACAAAGAGUGUCUCGAUCUAUCUCUGACAAAAGCAGCAAAGCUUCAUCAAUGUCAUGUCUGGAUGGGUAUAGAGAAGCCUCUGCUUCAACGACAUGAGUUGGCACUGAGUUCUGACCACGUAGACCAGGAGCUCAAGAGAAAGCUCCAGAAGCAUGCCGAGAGCGUCACGAAGUCAGCAGGCUACCAACAACUCGGAAUGACCCUCUUCCUGCAAAUUUCACAAGUUCAAGGUGACAUCCAUCUCGACCUCUCUCAUGACAUUGGCAAGUCUCAGACCUUUAUCAUCUCCGUCCGCGUUGAGCCUGAUCGGCCACGAUUUCUCCACCGGCUCAUUGGACUCAAGGAUGGACACCUCUGGGAGAUCGGCAACGACGAUCAUGCUGUAAGGGCCGAGGAGGGCGAUGCCUUUUCUUGUUGGGAAAGGCUCCGCGACGAACAAAAACAAGCGAUCUGCACCUUUUUCACCCACCUUCGCCUCAGCCCAGAGAUUGCUGACGGCUGGAAGGAGUUCUUCAGCGGGGAAUGCAGACUUGCCCGAGUCCGGGAGUGA